GUCAUCAGCUUCCUUUUUAAUAGUUGUAGUUGGGCGCAGAUACGUUAGCUUGUAGUCCUGUGCAUUGGCAGGCUGAACUAGUAGGCUAAUUGGCUUCCAUAGCUGGUUAACUAACGAUUUAACCUACUGCUUUCACCGGAAAGGAGUCCAUCCUAUGUCGAGACCAUGGAUGAUUUCUCGCUGUCAGAUGCCCUAGGAGAUGAUACCACAAGGCAGGCAAAGAAAAUAGGCAACACUAACCCAUCUGCCCCUGCCUGCAACCCUCCACCUCCUACAAAUCCAGGAUGGCCUGGUUCAGCCCCUGGGGCCCCAACCCAGCCCUCUGCUCCAGGUAACUUUGCUGGUGGGAUGUCUGGCCCAGGAGCACCUGGGCAGUUUCCAUUUCCCUCUGGUCCUGGAGCACCAGGGCAAUAUCCAGGACCUCCUUCAGCACCUGGUGGGUUCCCCCCUGGUUCUGGGAUACCUGGACAAUAUCCACCUGCACCAGGAGCCCCAGGACAUUUCUCCUCCAGCCCUGGAGCUCCAGGGCAGUUCCCUGGGCAGUUCCCUGGGCAGUACCCACCCGAGGGAGCUCCAGGACAGCUACCUGGAGGCCCUGCUCCUUACCCAACUGGACCCUUUCCUUCUGGCCCUGGAGCUCCCCCUGGGCCUUACCCAAAUGCACCUUUCCCAGGAAGUCAACCAAUAGGAGGCACUGGAAUGUACGGCCCAAGUGGUCCUGGUGCAUAUCCACCUCCAGCUGGCCCUGGCUCAUUCCCUGCAUUCCCUGCUGGAGGCUUUCCCCCUAUACCUCCUGGGUCAUGGGGACCACCUGCAGGUGGAGGCUUCCCUCCUGCUCCUGCUCCUGGCUCCUAUGGUCCUGGCCCUGGGCCUACAGGCCCAUACGGUGGGCCUGCUGCUCCAGGAGGCAUGCUGAUGCCGUAUGAUCUCCCACUUCAUGCUGGAAUUUUGCCGCAACUUUUGAUCACAAUAGUAGGGGAGCCUUUCCCUGGUGCAGACAGGUUCCAUGUUGACUUCAUCAAAGGUCAAGAUGUCGUCUUUCAUUUCAACCCUCGAUUUAAUGAGCAAACCGUUGUUAGAAACUCCAAUUUAGGUGGAUGUUGGGGGCCAGAGGAGCGGGAUGGAGGCUUCCCAUUUGUUCGAGGACAACGUUUUGAGCUGAAGAUCCUUGUGGAGGAGGACAUGUUUAAAGUGGCAGUGGAUGGCACCCACCUGCUGGAGUACGAACACAGAAUCGGUGGGCUAGAGGAUGUGACCUUGCUGCGAGUGGUCGGAGACAUCAUCCUCUACAGCGCAGCCCCGAGCAUGAUCUGAAUCCCAGAGCUUGUACAUCGCAUAGUACACAGAAACCCUAGUUCCAACUUUACCACUGUAAUUCAAUAUUUGAAAUCCCUUCAAAUACUUUGAUGCUUUUGAUGGAAUUUGCAAGGAACAAAAGUUAAUGAAGUGUAAUCUUUGUCCACAUGGCACGUCAUCAUUCAUUACAGAACAGAUGACAGGUUUAGCCAGGUCUGCACCUUGUAAUCCUUUUCUGUUUUUCACUGGAUGACAUCUUUAUUUUAUAUACACUCACAAUCCAGUAUAUUUAAUGACAUAGUUUAAGUGAAGUGCAUCUAAAAGAUGUUUUAAGGAAAUAUUAAUAUAAUACUAAUAGUAGUCCUAAUGAAAAAUUUGUAGGCCAGGUGGUAAAGUGCGAUGUGUCCCAAACAUUUCUUUUAUUUCCAGCUUGAGUGCUGUAUUUUUGUUUACAGUACAUGUAUGUUUAUUACUCUGUCCUUGAUAAGCCUUCAUAAUGCAUGAGUGUGAUGCUGAAAAUCAGUUGAUCUCCCUUCCACUAUCUUCUGCUGGCUGAUCCUCGAGGACUCACUAACCUGUAAACAAUAGGCUAAAGGAGUUUUCUGAAAUGUGUUUAAAUCCUUU